AUGCCCCGCCCAUCCAAGAAGGUCGCCGCCGAGGCCCCCAAGCCUCCCGUCGCCGCCGUCCCCGUCGCUCCUGCUCAGCCUGUUGCUCCCGUCCAAAUCCCUCACAGGCACAUUGAUGUCGAGGGUUUCAUCCGCGUCCGCGAUUCGGUCCACCAGCGCCUCAUCACCAUCCUUGAGCUCAUUAAGAACUUCUCUGAGGACUACUACCGCCAGACCAGCCUGCUUCUUGGCGAGCCUGCCAACGAGGGCAUUCCCGGCAUUGACCUUCCUCUUCUCAACCUUGAGCAUGCCGUUGCCCAGAACAUGGGACUGCCAGCCCUGGCUCUCCAACCCGGCGCUCCCUACCAGCCUGCCCCGGUUGAGGAGAAGAAGGAGCGCAAGAAGCGCACCCACGACCCCAACGCUCCUAAGCGUCCUUUGACCCCCUACUUCCUGUACAUGCAGACUGCCCGCCCCAUCAUUGCUAGCGACCUUGGUGAGCAGGCUCCCAAGGGUGCUGUCCAGGAGGAGGGCCAGCGCCGCUGGAAGGCCAUGAACCCUGUCGAGAAGGCUGGCUGGAACAACGCUUACCAGUACAACCUGCGCCUGUACCAGGCCCGCGUCCAUGCCUACAAGCAGGGUGGCAACCAGGAUGCCAGGCUGAUGGAUGACGAGGCUGCCCUGAAGUACGCCGAGGAGCACAGCAUCCAGAUUGCUCCCUCUGAGGCUGUUGCCGAUGAGAACGAUGCUAUUGCCGACCAGCUCACCCAGGGCGCUUCCGUUGAUGCCGUCGGCGAGGAUGACGAUGAGGAGGAGGCUCCCGCCCCCGUCAAGACCCCUAAGAAGCCCGCCUCCACCCGCAAGCGCAAGACUGCCACUCCGGCCGCUGAGGCCGAUGCUAAGAACACCACAACCCCCGCCAGCCCUGACAAGAAGCGCCGCCGCACAUCAACCAAGGCUGCCGACGCCGUUGAGGAGCCUGCCACUGCCAAGAAGAGCCGCAGCAAGAAGAAGAACUAA